GAGUAUGAUUCGGAUAGAAAGUUUUUAGGAAGCUGUUCUGUUUGAUUUUAUUUUUAUACAUUAUUUUAUUUUUAUUUAUUUAAUGCGCAAAAAGGUGUCCAAUUUGCUUUUAUUUUGAAAAUCACACCGGAAACGGUUACGCUAGGAGCCGUUAAUAAAUUGUUUAGCUAGCUCUCCUUAUUAAUAAAAACAACAACAUAAAUACAAAUGGUUUUCUUAUAAAAUCAAGUGGUAUAAUCACUCAAAAGAAACAGAGUUGACGUUAAAAUAAGAUACAUUUUAAAUAAAACUGAACUAAAGAAAUGGAUAAUUAGUGAGAAUUUGUAGCUAGCUAAAAGCGUUUUUCAGGCUGCUGGACCAGUAUCUUCUCAAGGGAAACGAUGCGGACCGAAACAGGUGGCAUUAGGAACCUUCUCCCCCGUAAAAAGUGGUUCGGGUUCGGCUCCAGAGGUCAACCAGAACCCCCGGCUGUCAACAACAACAUCUCGACCCUGACGGAUGGAGCCUCUUUACUCCCAGCGGAGGAGCCCCAACCGGUGAUCCUAACAUAUGAGCAGAUGCUGGAGGAAAAACGCUUGUAUGAAGCGGGCCAUCUGUUGAUAGAAAGAGAGGAGCAUCUUUUUGGGAUGUUAAAGGAGUCGGACGCUCUUAAACAUCAUGAGGAACAAGUAAACAAGCUGGCAGCAGACCGCAAGGUCCUGCAAGACCUUGUACUGCAGACUCUGGGACAAUCUCUUUGUCUGGAAGAAGACAGCUAUGCGGGUCUGUCAUCAGCCGUGAAGGCAGUGAUGCAGGAGGAGGGCCAGGACCUGCUGUGGAAACACAGGGAUUUGACACCUCCGGCUUGGAGGCCCAGCGAAUGGAUGAAGCUCCAUGACUCGACACUCCUCAGCUUGGUGAAGGAGCGUAUGGAAAACCCUUCCUCGCCCUCGGCUUACCAGGGGAAACUGACUACUAUCCAGAAGGACAUCACCAACAUGGGCAGGCAGCUGAAAGAGGAUCUGCUGUCUGUGGUGGACGGUGUGAAGGGCUGUUACCCGAAAGAGAUGGGGAUCUGCAAUUUUUACUUCAAGUUAUACCACCAAUCCUUAAGCACCAGUCUCUUGAACAUCGCAGACUUUGGUCUGGUGGAAACGGACCGCGCUUUCCUCCUGCGCUGGGUGAACGAGUAUUAUCCAGAAAUCCUUGCAAAGCCACAGCUGGCCAGCGAGAUCGAUAUUGGAUCGCUGGGAAAGCUGCUGCCCGAAGACAUGCUGAAAUCGCUCGAGGAUGAACACCUGAGCAACCAACAGGGUGAGCUGGCUACGAUAAUCGGCCGGGUGCUGGAUGAAGCAAGGGAAAAGUGGAAUAAAGGAGAGGAGCCGCAAAAAGAGGACGGCUGCUUCUUUAGUCCUGUGGCAUACGACAUCAUUCAGCUCAUCAACGGUAGGGUGACUGCAUGUACGAAGGUUUUGGGAGAUCCGCUCAAGGCCCAGAGAAUAACGUGCCUCAUAACAAAAGAUUUAAUGGACAGUUACAAGAGAUUCCAAAGUGAUGUCAUAAAGCAAAACAAGGCAAACAGCAGGUCCUUCAUCAAGGCCAACCUCGACUGUCUCAAGCAGUUCAGUGAAGUCCUCAAUAAGCAACACCUGUUCACCGAGAAUGUGAGGGAAAAGUGUUUGCAUGUUCUGACUGAGAUGAAACGAUCUGCCCACACGUAUUUAUUACAACCUGUGCACGAGCACCUCAAGCCACAGUACCGCAAACUGGGAACCAGCGACUGGCUGCACAAGGGUCAGUUUAAGGAGCUGCUGGACGACAUCAAAAAUGAGGUUCAGGAUCUUCAGGGUUCAACAGAAUCCUGUCACAAGGAGCUGAUAGGCCAGCUGGAGCAGGAGGUUACCGCAGAAUAUGUGAGGAGGCUCCUGAAAGGAAAAGUAAAACUAAAGGACAAGAACCAACAGCUGGAGGCUUACCAGACUGUGAAGGACAACGCAGAGAGUUUGCAUCAUUUAUUCGUCCAAAUGGGAUCAGAGGAUGACUGGUUGAAGGAAAUCCUGAUCAAGAUUGCAGAAAUGCUGAAACUCCAGGACCUCCCCGCCAUACAGAUGCAAGUCGUCUCACUUGGACAUGCUUACCCUGACCUCAGUGAGAAACAUGUUUUGGCUCUGCUGAAGCUCAAGACCAACCUCACCAAAGCUGACAGGAAAACCGUCACAGACAUUCUGCUAGACACUUUGAAGGAAAUGGGAAACAACACACCGCCUCGUCCGUUUUUCUCCUUAUUUCAGGUCAGAUGAGCCAUAAAUCACUCAGUUAUCCUCAUUUCAAAGUUAGCUGAAAGUCGGAUUGUACAUGUCGUUUACUGUUUCCUGUUUCCGAGAAUAACGAGUCUGCUCUCUCUGUGGGACAAAGCUGGGCCCAAAUGUUACUUAUGCUGAAAAUAAUAAUGUGAAAUGGGUACUGUGUAUGAAUAAGCUACAGGUCACAUUAGUGCUGGUAAAUAUGGUUCUUCAUCAGGCUGUACUGAACUGUUACACGUUCACAAAAUGUGUCUCAUGCCUCUUUUGUUUUUGGGUAAUAUAUUAAUUCUGUUUGAACUUUGUAAUGCCGGUAAAGAUGAACUAUAUUGAACCUUUCAGUGUUGUCUCCAGAGCAAUGUCCAAAAAUCAAAAAGCCUAAAAGAAAAAGGAAGUCCGGUACAGAAUCAGUGUUAGAGUAUAUUAUUAUUGUUGUGUAUAUUUCAUUUUAAAUGUGCAAUAAGACAUUUCUAUUUCACGUCGCCUGUUUUAAUGACAUUGUAAAAGAGAGUGUUUAAUGUAAAGAGAGGGUUUUUUAAAUAAAAUUUGGUGAAACGUG